AUGGGUCCCGCCGCCAUUGACGCCCUGAUUUUCGACCUCGGAGACGUUCUGUUCACGUGGAACGCGCCUCCUAGCACCGCCGUCCCGCCGAAGACGCUCCACGCCAUCCUGGAGACGCCCAGCUGGCACGACUACGAGCGCGGCCGGAUGACGGAGCGCGAGGCCUACGCCGCCGCUGCGUCCGAAUUCGGCCUCGACGCCACGGACGUCGCGGCUGCCUUCCAGGGCGCGCGCGAUAGCUUGACAAGCCGUCCAUCCAUGGUUUCCCUCAUCCGAAAUCUGAAGCGCGACGGGCGGAGGGUGUACGCCAUGUCGAACAUCUCCGGGCCGGACUGGGCGGUCCUGCGUACCAAGCCUACGGACUGGGACCUCUUUGACGGCGUCUUCACCUCCGCCGAUGCGGGCGAGCGCAAGCCCGACCUCGCUUUCUUUCGGCACGUCAUCGCGCAGACGGGCGUCGAUCCAACACGCGCAGCAUUCGUCGACGAUAAGUUCGACAAUGUCCUCGCCGCGCGCUCCUUUGGCAUGAAGGGUGUCGUUUACGACGAUUUCGCAAACGUCGAGCGCGCGCUGCACAACCUCUGCGAUGACCCAGUCGAGCGCGCCUUCUCCUACAUGCGCGCCAACGCCGGUCGUCACCUAUCCUUCACCUCCACCGGGCACGUAAUCCAGGAGAACUUUGCCCAGCUGCUCAUCCUUGAAGCCCUCGGUGACCCCACCCUCGUCGAGUACACCACCUACGAUGGCCCGUUCAAUUUCUUCCGGGGAGAAGGCCAGUACACGACCCGUGCCUUCCCCUUUGACGCAGACACCAGCUCGAUCGGUAUGACUAUCGCGGAGGGGAUCCCCGAAGAGACAAGGCACCGGGUGAUGGACAGGAUGCUCGGGCUGAGGAACGCGGAUGGCGUGCUGCAGGUCUACUUUGAUCCAUCGCGGCCGCGCGUCGAUCCGAUCGUCUGCGUGAACGCGCUAUGCCUCUUUCAUCUCAAUGGGCGAGGUCACCAGCUCGAGCAGACAUUUGAUUGGGUCGAAUCAGUUCUUCGGCAUCGAGCCUACGUCCAUGGCACGCGCUACUACGAACCUGCUGAAGCGUUUCUGUACUUCCUCUGCCGCCUCCUCUCCAUAUCCUCCGACGCGCGACACCGCCUGUUCGCCGUCUUCCAGGAGCGCUGCCGCGAGCGCGUCAACAUGCCCGGCGACGCCCUCGCCCUCGCCAUGCGCAUCAUCAGCUGCCGCACCGCCAGCGUCGACGCCUCUCCAGACCUCCAACGCCUACUCGAAAUGCAGCAGGUCGACGGCGGCUGGGAUUGCGGAUGGUUCUAUAAGUACGGCUCGAACGGGGUGCUAAUUGCCAACCGAGGCUUCACCACCGCCCUAGCUAUCAACGCCAUCCGCGCGUCAAAGGUGGACGUGGGCUAUAAGAGCUCCGCGCCAUCUCCUUGA